GCGGGUCCACCGUCGAGUGCCGACGACGAUCGCGACGGUGUGUCAGUGCGUUCGUGCGAUUCGGACACGCAGCACCGGUGUCGUCGUUUCAACGUUUGAUACUACGUAACAGUCGUGCGCACACUCGCGUAGUUAUAUUAUAUACUAUAAUAUUAUUAUAAUAUCGAUUUCAUAAAUAAUAUAUCGUUUCGGUAACAGACGCGCGCAAAAAAAAAAAUUUGGGACCAACGAUUUUCGCGAUCACAGUCGAUCGGCGGUACCGCCGUUUCCGUUCGUCCGCUAUGUGAAAAACGUAUAUACGUACAGUGCAUCGAGCGGUGCAGCGUACGGACGAUGAGGCGCCGAUGGCCGCCUCGACAGACACCGAACACCGCGACCACCAUCACGACCACCACCGGCACUAUCAUCAGUACGGCCGUCCGGUGGUACCGCAGCAGCAGCAGCAGCACUACUAUGCUGGCUACAAGACCGCCGCGGUCAAGAAACACCGGUCGCCGGCCGGCGGUAGGAAGAAAUCCUCCGGCAACCGUAGGCGGCGUCUGACGCACGUGUUGGCCGGCAUCGUCCUGGGACUGUUGGUCGGCUACACGUUCGGCGGGUCGUACGGCCGACUGCGGUUGUACGCCGGUUGCGGCGGCGGUACCGAAGGCGCGGGCGGCCGGACGACCGGCGCGCUGCGGCCGCUGCAGCAGCAAUCGCCGCCGGUCCAGCACGACGACGAGGACGACGGGACCGGCGGAGCGAUGCCCGCGGCCGGCGGCGGCGGACCGCCCGAGUCGCUGCUGUUCGUCGGCGUGAUGACGGCCAACCGGUACCUGGCCACCAGGGCGGCCGCCGUCCACAGCACGUGGGCGCGUCGCGUGCCCGGCCGCGUGAUGUUCUACACGUCGGAGACGUCGGUCCGGCCGCCCGGCGCGGCCGACCUGCCGCUCGUCCGGUUGCCGACGGUGGACGACUCGUACCCGCCGCAAAAAAAGUCGUUCCUGAUGCUGCAGCACAUGUGGGACAACUACGGCAGCGCGUACGAGUGGUUCAUGCGGGCCGACGACGACGUGUACGUCCGUCCGGACCGGCUGGCCGCGCUGCUCCGGUCGGUGGACAGCCGGAAACCAGUGUUCAUCGGACAGGCGGGCCGCGGCAACCAAGAGGAGUUCGGUCUGCUGAGUCUCGAGUACGACGAGAACUUCUGCAUGGGCGGGCCCGGCGUGAUCAUGAGCCGCGAGACCCUGGCCCGGGUGGUGCCGCACAUCAAACACUGCCUGAAGAACCUCUUCACCACGCACGAGGACGUCGAGCUGGGCCGGUGCGUGCAAAAAUACGCUGGCGUGUCGUGCACGUGGUCCUACGAGAUGCAAACUAUUUUGUACCACAACUCCAGUGGCCGUGAUGCGUUCACUGGCAAUUUGAAACAGAAAGAAGUGCACCGAGCCAUAACUCUCCAUCCAGUCAAACAGCAUAGUCACAUGUAUAGGAUACACAACUACAUGAAGAGUCUAGAGUUGCAAGAUAUACUCCAGAAGAAGAUCCUAUUGCAUCGGGACGUACGAUCUAUGAUGGAUCAGUUGAAUAGUACUCACUCGCUACCGUCCAACGAGUUCCGGCUGACCGGCGACUCGAAACAACUGUUCUCGUCCCGGCCAGGAAGUCCUAAUUACCUAGGCGAUACGGACCUGUUGGGACUUCCACCGGGCUUGAACAAGUAUAGGCCACGCAAGGUGGCAGACGUUAUCAAAUGGGACUUUAUAUCAAAGGCUUGGUAUUCGGACACGGAUGCAAAUCCCAGGCGACGGAUUGAUUCCUACACGAAAGAGGGCCUUGAUGACGUCGUUCGGGAGGUGAUGGAUUUGAUAAAUAAAUUUUCCAAGCAACGUGGUCGGGUGAUCGAUUUUAAAGAAAUAUUCUACGGUUACCAAAGGGUGAACCCAUUAUACGGCGUCGACUAUAUGUUGGAUAUGUUGCUGAUGUACAAGAAAUACCGAGGAAAGAAAAUGACUGUUCCUGUGCGGCGACACGCAUACCUCCAACAGCAGUUUACCGGUUUCGAAGUUCGCGAAGUGCUGGACGGUUCGGAAGUGAAGCUGAAAACGCAGCAGCAGGACGCCGAAGCGUACGACGACGACGACGCGGCGGGGAAUCCGUCCAGGGACAUCGCGGACAACGGCAUGGUCCGAGUGGAAGGGCCGCCGGCCAAGCGUCGGCCGGACAGCCAAACCAAGACUGUCCACUUCGUGUUGCCGCUGUUCAACCGGCUGGCCACGUUCGCCCGGUUCGUGGACAACUACGAGUCGGUGUGCCUGGCCAACGACGAGCGCGUCACGCUGACGGUGGUGCCCUACGGACGGGCCACCGCGGACGGGGCGGCCGCGACGGUGGCCCGGCUCGCGGCCCGUUACCCGGACGCGCUCACCGUGCUUCCGGACGCCGGUGGCCAGUUUGCCAGGGCGGAAGCGCUGCACGCGGGCGCCGUGCACGCGGCCGGCCCGCCACCGGACGACCUGCUGUUCUUCGUCGACGUGGACAUGCUGUGGACGGCCGCGACGUUGGACCGGGUCCGGUUGAACACGGUCCGCGGCCACACCGUGUACUUCCCCAUCGUGUACAGCGAAUACGACCCCGUCGUGGUGUACGGCCGGGCGUCCGGGUCCCCGAACCACUUCCUAGUCAACCAGGACACCGGAUACUGGCGGCAGUACGGGUUCGGCAUCGUCAGCGCGUACGCCACCGACCUGGCGGCCGCCGGUGGCCUGGACACGUCCAUCCGGGGCUGGGGCAACGAGGACGUGGACCUGUUCGAGAAGUUCGUGCGGUCGCGGACCGCGGUGUCCGUGUUCCGCGCCGCCGACCCGGACCUGGUGCACGUGUACCACCCGGUGGAGUGCGACGCCGGGCUGCCCGAGCCCAAGGCCCGGAUGUGCGCCAACACCAGGUUCGAGACGUACGGUAACGUGGACCAGUUCGCCAACAUCAUCUACAAGAACAGGGACGCGGUGUACGAGUUCGCGGCCGGCCGACUGCGGAACGUGUCGACCGCCGCGACGCAACCACCGGCGCACCCUCUGCCCGUGUCCAAGUCGGUGCCCCGACCGGGCGUUUAAUAAUAUCAAAAUAUUGUCAUCGUACUUGCCACAUUAUUUUUAGUCGUUUUUAUCGUAAACGAACAAGAACGGCCAAUUUGCGUCGUGAUCUCAAGUCGAUCGAGAAAAUCGUGUCUCUCUCUCUCUCUCUCUCUUAAUACGUCUCUCUCUCUAAAUAUAAUAUAUAUAUAUAUAUAAUAAAUUUAUCAUAAUAUUAUUAAUAUAAUGUUUAAAACGUAUCGUGAUAUUAUUAUUGUACCAGUUGUAAUAUGAUUUUAUUAAUAAUUGUAUAGGUACUAUUAUUAGUUAUUGCGACUGAUAAAUGUUUAUCAUAAUAAUUAAGGAAAUAAUAUAACAAAUUUAUUAAAUA